AUGCAGGAGAAGCUGAUGCCUGCCCUGCGUGAGGCCAUCACCGAAUAUUUUGGUUCCAACCCACGGGAGUCCCCUGACUUUGCCCGCAUUGUGGGAGAUAAGCAGUUCCAGCGCGUGCAGGCGCUGCUGCGCAGCGGGCGUGUGGCCAUCGGGGGACAGACAGACGAGAAGGAGCGCUACAUCGGAACCUGUGAAGCAGCAGGUCCCUGGCAAGCCGGGGCUGAUGUGAGCACCCAUGCCUGUGCAGUGAGCUGUUUGCUUCCUUUCUCCUUCUUCAUAGCCCCCACAGUACUGGCAGAUGUGCAGCCCUCUGACCCCGCCAUGCAGGAGGAGAUCUUCGGACCCAUCCUGCCCAUUGUCGUUGUGGCCAACAUGGAUGAAGCCAUUGACUUCAUCAAUGCACGGCCCCGGCCAUUGGCCAUCUACGCCUUCUCCUGCGACAGCAAGGUGGUGAACCAAGUGCUGGAGAGGACGAGCAGCGGGGGCUUCUGUGGCAACGACACCCUGAUGCACGUGACGCUGACCUCGCUGCCCUUCGGUGGUAUCGGAAACAGUGGUCUGGGGAAAUACCAUGGCAAGUUCACCUUUGACACCUUCAGUCAUCACCGCGGCUGCCUGCACCGCAACAUGGGCCUGGAGGCUAUCAACUCCCCGCGCUACCCACCCUACACCCAGCAGAAGCUGGGGCUGAUGACUGCCACCUUUGAGAUCAAGCGCAAGGGCAUGUGCACCCUGCUCUGAGCAAGGCCCUGUGCCACAUACGGACUGACCAGGACCCAACCCGUGCCACGUCUUGUGUCACACUACCACCCUGAUGCAUGUUGGACAGUGGGAACUGACCCCUCCUGUGUGCCUGCUCCUCUCCAGCUUCCUGUGCUCAGGGCUGUGUGCUGUGACACAUCUAAAAUGAUGACGGUUUCUUGUUCUCACCCCACCUGGUAGAGCAAUAGUGCCCUGCUUGCUCAGGACUGGCAAUUAGCCCUAUCUCAUUUCUGUUUAGAUGACCUUCCGAUACUCUCCUACUGGCUGUUGUUUUUUUCUCUGUGUAUAACU